AGAUUCACGCCUUCCUUUCCUUUCCUUUCCUUUCGAGGCUUCGAAAGCCGCCUCAGUGGCCGAACGUGCAGUAGACCGGGAAGCCUGUUUUUAAAACAAGGCGUAAGAAAACUGGCCAUGCAGGGGGAACAGAAUCCAUCCGCGUCCCUCAUUGACAGAACCAUCAAGAUGAGGAAGGAAACAGAAGCACGGAAAGUCCUCCUGGCCUGGGGGUUUCUGAACUUGUCGCUCGCUGGCAUGAUUUACACUGAAAUGUCUGGAAAACUAAUAAGUUCCUAUUACAACAUUUCAUGGUGGAUACUGUGGUAUAUUGAACUUGCAUUUGCAUCUUUAUUCAGCCUCAAUGCCUUAUUUGACUUCUGGAGAUACUUUAAAUACACCAUGGCUCCCACCAGCUUGGUUAUGAGUCCUGGACAACAGACACUCCUGGGAUUGCAGAAUGCAGCUGUCCAGACUACUCCGCCACGUGAGUUGGUGCCCAAGAAAACUCCCCCUUCAACCCCUUCUCCGCCCAUCCAGGGGCAGAGUGUCCUGAGCUACAGUCCGUCCCGCUCCCCCAGCGCCAGCCCUAAAUUUGCGACCGGCUGCGUCUCUGGCUACAGUCCUCAAAUUCAAGCACUGUCGGGCAGCAGUGGGUCCUACGGCACUGCGGCGAGUUACUCUCCAGGCAGCAACUACAGUAAGGUGCCACCGUUCAGCCCUUCUCCAGGUCCCUUGAUGUACCCGACUAGCACUGGACCAUUGGAUAGUAGUGGAAUGAGAUCCAGAUAUCGCUCCUCACCAACCGUGUACAAUUCCCCCACUGGAAAGGCAGACUACAUGACAGAUUUGAAGUCCCUUGAUAGCUUCCUUCGGAAUGAGGAGGAGAAACAGCACAGAGUCCAGCUGGGCAGUUCGGAUUCCAGCUCUCCUUCUAACAGUCCGACGUUUUGGAACUAUGGUCGCUCCACGGCAGACUAUGCACAGAUGCUUAGGAAAUUCCAAUACCAGCCAGCCUGCAGGUCCCAAGCCCCAUCAGCUCACAAAGAUGAAGCGGAUUUGAGUUCCAAGCAGGCUGCAGAAGAGGUCUGGGCACGCGUGUCAAUGAGCAGACAGAUACAUGAGCACAUGGAUUCUUGGACUGCUAAAUUCAGAAAUUGGAUCAAUGAGACGAUUUUGGUGCCUCUUGUCCAGGAGAUUGAAUCUGUGAGCACUCAGCUGCGGAGAAUGGGGUGUCCAGAGCUGCAGAUUGGAGAGGCUAGCCUCAGCAGUCUGAAGCAAGCAGCUUUAGUAAAAGCUCCGCUCAUUCCUACGCUGAACACAAUAGUACAGUACUUGGACCUUACCCCAAAUCAGGAAUAUUUGGUAGAGAGGAUCAAAGAGCUUUCCCAAGGCGGAUGCAUGAGUUCAUUCAGGUGGAAUCGAGGUGGAGACUUCAAAGCACGCAGAUGGGAUACUGAUUUACCAACUGACUCUGGAAUCAUUAUGCACGUAUUCUGCACGUAUCUUGAUGCCAGGCUGCCUCCGCAUCCAAAAUAUCCUGAUGGGAAAACAUUUACCUCUCAGCAUUUCAUUCAAACACCUGAUAAACCAGAUAUUUCAAACGAGAAUUUGUUCUGCAUCUAUCAGAGCAGCAUCAACCCUCCCCAUUAUGAACUGAUUUAUCAACAACAAGUGUACAAUCUUCCUAAGGGCAGAAACAACUUGUUCCACACCUUGCUCAUGUUCCUGUACAUCAUAAAGACUAAAGAAUCUGGGAUGCUCGGGCGUGUCAACCUUGGCUUAUCUGGUGUGAACGUUCUGUGGAUUUUUGGAGACUAGUUGAUUUGCCAGCCAUGAAGUCUAACUACAAGAGGAUAAACCCUUCCCCAGGAAGAGGAUUUAGCAAUGAGAUUGUACUGCCUUGAAUUGUCUGUGGGAUAUGAAGAGAGAGGUGUUUUUUGUUUUUUUUACAAAAGGACAAAUGGACUAGUAAAAGAUAUUUUAGUGCUGUUUCUGUGCACAGGUUUAAAUAGAAGGAAAGUUUAAUUCUUUCUAGAUGAACUGAAUUGCACUUUUGAAGAUUUUGGAUUUUUCUUGGUGAGAAACCAGGAAGACAACUUGAAGACAUCUGGUUUGCCACAUUCUAUUGAUCAGGAUCCCAAGCUCAGAAAUAAUACCGUUGAAAUAAAUCCGGAGUGCCCAAGUGUACAAUUGAUGAUUGGUUCUGUACAACUAGUAUAUUAAAUAGUAACACUAGCGUACCCUAAAAAUCAAAAGGAUAUACUAAAAUCAGGAUUCUGUACAGUUCUGGUUCUCAUCAUCACAAAGGUAUGUGCCUUACAUUGAUAGCACAGAAAUGUUUUAAUAUUAACGUGUGCACGGUUUUAUGUGAAAGUACUGGAGUUAUUCCCGUAGCAACUUCUUGGGUCUGGUUUGCUUUGAGUACACUCCAAAAAUUAUUUUAAAGUUUAAAAAUAUUGUCUCUUUUUGAUCAUGCCUGUUUCCAGGAUUCUUGAAAAAUUGAACUUCACACUGUCAUUCCAUCAAAGCUCUCCCUGAAAAGCAUCAGCAGCUUUUGUUCUCUGAUAUAACUGGAUAAUAGAAGCAGCAGCAUUGUUAGACCAAUACACAUUUCUUUGGAUAACCUAUAAUGUUGCUGUGAACAGAGGCGUAUAGGAACGCCUGCUGUGCGAGUCCAUGAUGGCCUUCGCACCACUGAGGCUGCAGAAGAAGUUUGCUUCCUAGUUUGUUGUGGACCUCUUGGUGGAAGUUCUGCAGUUAGUUUUUCUGUACUCUGGUAGACCUCACUUAAUAGUGGAAAGAUCAUUGCUUGCUUUGUUACCAAAAAAUGAAAGUUUUCAAAACUAUGCCUUCAGCAGCAGUUUGACACACCAAGGUAAUUCAAACCUUACCAGGUUCUGUUAAAAGCAGUUUUAAAAAGCUCUUUUUCCUAGGGUUCAGCUGAAAGUUUCUGUCUACUCACUAGGCCUAGGUAACUGCAGUGCUAAAUUUUUAUUCUUUGGUCUGAGUCUAACGAGUCCAGUUCUGCAAAAGGUUUGUCACUAGUUUUGUCCUGAUUACACAACAACCACAAGCAAGCUCGCGUGAUGGCGGGGUGGUGUCCACAGCUGCUGGAAAUACUGGCGGGGUGAGUUUUAUAACCGUUGGCACAAUCUGCUCAGCUGUUCUCAUCGGUGCCGAUAUUAAAUAGAAUUGU